AUGUUCAAAUCAACCAGCGUUUCAAUUCUUGUGCUUGCUUUGGCCUUUGGUCUGGUCACCGCUAGUGCUGAAAAUAAUCCGCCACAACUAAUCAAGGCCAAACUGGAAGUCAUUCCGGACAUUGCCGCCUACAAAGCUGCUCAUCCUAAGUCGGAUGUUGUCCCGCUGAUUACCACCAAGAACAACCGUUCACAAAUUGUGUAUACGGUGGGAAGUCGAUUGCCAGGUGACCAAUUGGUGGGUACCGGUCAGGACUAUACAUCGUGGGAGACACUGCAGGAUGUGUCAUUGUACUUGCGCUAUCCACAGUUUGGAACCGGAGCGGUGAUUACCUUUGUUGAAAUAGUUGUGAACCAGAGUUCUGAACUGGGUGAUUUUUACGUUAUUUCCGGUGGAGUUGGUGAGCAGUUCAUCGAAAUGAUCAUCGGAGCGUACGCUACCAACUAUUUCCAGUACAGUGCCCAGGUCUACGAGAUUCACGAAGCGCAACCCCCGCUACUGUUGCUGCAGCCACCAUCGUCGUCGUCUUCUUCUCCCUACCUUUCCACCACCAGCUUUGGUGCCACGCCACCGGUUUGCCUCACGUCGUUUCGUUUCGGUCCGGUCCGGUGCGGUGCAUUCGGUUUGACGCGGGUGUAG